AUGGAACAUCUAGAUUCUAGAACUAGCUCUAGUUACACUAGACAUGGCUCACCACAGACUGAGACAGGCUUAAUUUAUAGAUUCUAGUCAUUCAUUAAUCAUACUAAUAAUGAAGUUUACCAGUCCAGUGAGUCUGACUCUGAGUAAAGUCUGAGUCACUUCUGAGGGACCAAUGGCGGCAAUAGAAACAAAAAUAAAAUUUAAAAAUACAAUUAUUUUGAAUUAUAAAAUAUAAAUCGUAGAUGAGAUAGUUUCUAAUAGUCAAUAGUCUCAAUAGAUCUAAAAUCUACAUAUCUAGAUCUAGUAUGAAUAGUAUGAUCUAUGCCUAAUCAUAUCUAGAUCUACUACUUGAUUUAUUACUAAUCUAGUUAUAGAUUCUAGAUCUAUAUCUAGAAGAUAAAUGGUAAAAAUGAGGCUUGUUGCAUGGAAUGCUUUCAUUCCUAUACAAGUUAAACAAGUAACUGAAUCAGCCAACUCCUCAGUAUCAACCUGGUAUUUGACGGGAACCAUUGAUUAUGCAAGUUAUUUCAUUUGUGUUCAUGGUAUGAGAAAACAAAGUAAAGAUAUCAAGGAUAAAGACCAUAGUUGUAUUGGCAUCUGGCAAAGAACUAAAGAUGCAGAAUUUAAGAGAAUAUCUUCUCAAAGUAUGCUUCUAAUUUGUGUUAAGAAAACUAAAAAUGUCAAAGUUACUGACUCUUUUCAGGCUGUUUUUUACAAUCAAAGUUUGGAGGCUCAUCCAGUUACCUGUAUUUUUUAUGAACCAAAAGAAUUGACGAUAUCAUAUAUUUUGUUAAAAUCCUUGAGAUUAGAUACGGAUAAGAAAAGAAUCUGUGAUAAGGCUGAGAAGAAUGCACUUGGAUAUUUUGAAAGCAUCAAGGAAGCACCAUACGAAAACUGUUUAACUGCCUUAAUUAAAAAUAUAAGUUCUGGAUGCUUGCUGCCUACAACACAAGAGCAGGUGGAUACGUUGUUUAUUAAGGCAUCAGCGAGGGCUAAAAGUGAAGCAGUGUUGAAUGCUCUGUGUGUAGCACUCCCCCUCUUUUUGAUGUAUUUCAUUUGUUUCUUUGGCAAGCUCAUUUAUUGUGGAUCAAAAAUUAUUCAUUCAAAUUGUCCAUGGUUAUCUAAAAUAAUGCAGUUACCAAAUAUUUUGCAUCAUAUUCAAAGCAAAGCCUUUCAGUAUCAAAAAGUUCUUAAACUAUCUCAAAAGGAUCCUUUUAACAGAUUCAUUUUAUAUAACUGUUACUGUCAACAAUUUGUUGACACAUGUCUUGGACUCAGCAUGAUAUACCUAAUCACACAGACAGGACAAGCUGAGUAUAUAGCAUCUUGCAUUGAAAAUUGGGCAGAUGAUGCAGCACACAAUUUAACAGUUUUAGUGAAGUGGCUGAUGGGGGCACCUGCUGGUCUUAAACUUAAUGCACAGCUGACCAAAUUUUUUGGUCAUUUUUUCAUCUACCACAUUUACCUCUGGUCAGGUUAUCUCUCCUAUCUGAAGCUAGUCAUGUCAUCUGUCAUUUGGUAUAGUAGUUUUGUUGGUGUUUUGGGUGUGUCGGCUCAGCUGUGUCUGGUACAAGAUGUACUGUCCAUGCUCACACUUCACAUUUAUUGUUUCUAUGUUUAUGCAGCAAGAAUAUUUAGUGUUCAAGUAUAUGCAAUUUGUUCCUUGUGGAGACUGUUCCUUGGCAAGAAAUGGAAUGUCCUACGAUCUCGGGUUGAUUCAGCUCUUUACAAUACAGAUCAACUUUUUGUUGGAAAUUUGAUAUUUACAGUUCUGUUGUUCCUGCUGCCUACCACUGCUCUGUAUUAUGUUGUCUUCACUGCAUUUCGUUUACUUGUACUUAUAGCUAAAGGUUUUCUGCACAGAAUUGUCUAUGUGAUUAAUGUAACCCCUGUCUUCACUGUGAUUGUCAAAGUACUGGCCCCUAAAUGGCUAGUUGGCUCUGUCAGAUUUGAAAUACAAAAUGAAACAGACUGCUGUAAGACCUUAGUAUUGGCUAUGGAAACUUGCCAGAUCUCAGUCAGAAAGUUGUUUUCAUUCACUUCAAGCUGGAUGUGCUCACCACCACUACCCACCUAUACUUGGAGAGAGUGUUUCUACUACCUGGCAACUGGGCAGCUCAUUUAUCCCUGGAUACAUCCUGAUAAUGAUAAAAAAUGUGCAUAAAUUGUGUGGGCCAACCUUUGAAUUUAUAGUAGUGAGCAGGGCAAGAUUGAAGCAUGUGGAGGCCCCUGCACUCUUUCCAAAGUUAUAUAUUUAUAAAAGCAUCCUAUAUUUUAGAAGGAAAAAAAAAGUAUUUUUGUAUUUAAUCUUACUUUCCUUUUUUUUUAAAAAAAAUUUAAUAUCCAUAUUUUAGUUUUUAAAAAAAAAGGGUAUAUGUUUGAGUUUGUGGAGAGUGAGGGCCUUGGUAGACUCACUGUAUAAUAUCCUGAGCUGUACCUGUAUUUACAUAAUCCUAGCAUGCUACCAUUACAAGGGGACACUUCUUAAUCUCAACAUUUAUGCCACCCAACAUAAUAUUUAUAGUGUUAGUUGUUAAAGAUAAGGAAAAAAAUAAAGUAUAUAUAUCUGACCAUCCAAAUUCUAAUAUUUUUUUUCUCUUUUGCGGAGGUCCUUUUCAUGUGGAGGACUGGGGUUAUAACCCUGCCUACCCUCCCUUAAAAACAGCUCUGAUAGUGAGUGUGGGCCAAAAGUACAUUGUGAAUAAGUUCUUACUGAAAGAAGGACCUUCAUAUGGAGGCUCACUGCUGGUGAAAUAAAACGGAGGCCAGCCAUGAUUACCUGAGGAGCAUUGCUCAAAGGAACUUGCAGACAAUUACAUCCGCUGGAAGCCCAAAAGUACUGCGAGAACUGCUUGCUACUUUAAUUGACCAGACCAACUAACUACUUCCAGUACACAAUGGAAGUAUUUAAUUAAAUUUAACUGUCUACUUUAACACAAACUCCAUGCCUGUUGCAGUCAUUCAUUGAUAGAAAAAAACAAUACUUUUGUAAUAAUAUGCAAUUUUUAUCUCAUCAAAAAUUUAUCAUAUUAAAAAAGAUAGAUAACACAACUUUAGAAAUGAUAUUGCAAAAGGCAAAAUACCAAAUCUAUUACUUUUAAUGUUAUUACAUCCUACCCAUAUCCUUAUGUCAGUUAAGUCUGUUAUAUUGAUGGGUCUACUAUUUUAAUUCUAUGAAUGUCAUAAUUACUUAAUGAUAAAUAUGUUUCAUAAUUACUUAAUGAUAAAUAUGUUUUAGUUUGUUUUUUUUAAAUUGUACAAAAACAUAUCCCAUUUAUUGGAGGUUCCCUUUGAUAGUUUACUAGAAUAUUGGUUACAAGUACAAUAUUAUUAAUAGCUUGCACCAAUAUAAGAACAUUUUUAACUUUUUUUUUCAACAAAUGUAUCUAUUCAAAAUGAAAAUUGUUAUAAUUUUAUUAUUUAUUAAUUUUUGGUGUUCAUUUUGGCUGAAGGUAAUUACUUUUAUAUGUGCCACAUAGUACACUGGUCAAAACUCUUUGGUUAUUUUAUUUUAUUAUUAUUACACAUUUUUGUUUUUCUAUAUUAUUGUUAAUACUAGUAUCCCAUUUAUUGGAGGUUUCCUUUGAUAGUUUCUAGAAUACUGGUUACAAGUACAAUAUUAUUAAUAGCUUGCACCAAUAUAAUACAAAUUAUAUCAACUUUUGUUUGUUUUUUAACAGAAAUCUAUCUAUUCAAAAUAAAAAUUGUGAUAAUUUUA